AAUUAGUCUCUGACACGUGCAGAGAAAAACAACACCCCGCCCCUGCAUAAAACCCAGUACCAAGCUUUGACAAUCAGUGCACACCAAGAAUGGAUAUCUGGUUCAUGCUCCUGAUUUCAAUCUCCAUAGCUGCUCUUCUCAAACCUCUAAUCAACCUAUUAAUCCCAACUAACAAACUCCCUCCUGGCCCUCGGAGAAUUCCAAUCAUCAGUGACCUCUUAUGGCUUCGCAGAACUCCAGCAGACUCCGAACCUAUUCUCCGGUCACUCCACGCCAAUCUCGGUCCAAUAAUCACUCUCAGAAUCUGGUCUCGCACCUCCAUCUUCGUAGCCGACCGGUAUCUUGCUCACAAAGCUUUAGUCCAAAACGGCGCCGUUUUCGCAGACCGUCCACCUUGUCUCACCACAAGGAAGAUCCUCACUUGCAAUCAGGGCAACAUCAACUCCGCUUCCUACGGCCCUAAUUGGCGUCUCUUCCGGCGUAAUCUGACUUCAGAGAUUCUCAAUCCGUCGCGCGUGAGAGCGUAUUCUCACGCUCGCAAGUGGGUUUUGCAAAUCCUGAUUGAUCGCCUUGUCUCGGAUUCUAAAUCUGGUGAGCCAAUUCGUGUGAUGGAGCAUUUUAAAUUCGCCAUGUUUUGCUUGUUAGUGCUCAUGUGUUUCGGUGACAAGGUUACUGAAGAUAAGAUCAAAGAAAUCGAGGAGUUUCAGCGACGCGCGUUUUUGAAUUCGCGUCGAUCCAGUUUAAUGAAUUUCUGGCCUAGUGUGACUAAGAUCGUGUUUCGAAAGUGGUGGGAGGAGUUCUUUCAGUUCUGUAAAUACAGAGAAGACGUACUGAUUCCUCUAAUUAGGGCACGAAAGAAUGUAAAGAAGGAGAGUUUGAGUAAAUCAGAGGAGGACAAAGAAGAGUAUGUGUUGUCCUAUGUCGAUACAUUGUUCGAUUUGGAGCUUCCGGAAGGGAAGAGAAAACUUGAUGAAAGGGAAAUGGUACCUUUGUGCUCUGAGUUCUUGAAUGGAGGCACUGAUACUACUUCGACGGCAUUGCAAUGGAUUAUGGCUAAUUUGGUGAAGUACCCACAUAUACAAGAGAAACUAUUCAGAGAAAUUAAAGGGAAUAUUGUGGGAGAUGGAGAUGGGGUGGUCAAAGAAGAUGACUUGCAGAGGAUGCCAUAUCUAAAAGCAGUGGUCUUGGAAGGUUUACGGCGACACCCUCCCGGACAUUUUGUGUUGCCUCAUGCAGUUAUAGAGGAUGUAAUGCUGGAUAAAUAUUUGAUCCCCAAGAAUGGGACUGUGAAUUUCAUGUUAGCAGAGAUGGGUUGGGAUCCAAAGGUAUGGGAAGAUCCAAUGGGAUUCAAGCCGGAGAGGUUUAUUGGGAGUGAUGGGGAAGUGGUGUUUGAUAUAACAGGAAGUAAAGAGAUUAAGAUGAUGCCAUUUGGGGUUGGUAGGAGGAUUUGUCCUGGAUUUGGAUUGGCAAUGCUUCAUCUGGAGUAUUUUGUGGCAAAUUUGGUUUUGAAUUUUGAGUGGAAAGCUAGAGAUGGAGAUGAAGUUGAUUUAUCUGAGAAGCAAGAGUUUACAAUUGUGAUGAAGAAUCCAUUGCAGACCCACAUUUCACCUAGGUCAAAAUUAAGUUUGAAUUGAAUGGAAAGCUAGGGAUGGAGAUGAAGGUGGGUGUUUGAUAUAACAGGAAGAAGAAAUGGAUUUAAGAUGAUACCAUUUGGUGUAUUCUGUGGCCAAUUUGGUUUGGAAUUUUGAGUGGAAAGCUAAAGAUAGAGAUGAAGUUGAUUUAUCGGAGAAGCAAGAGUUCAAAACUGUGAUGAAGAAUCCAUUGCAAGCCAAUAUCUUACCUAUAUCAAAAUAAGGGGGUCUUGGUUCUAACAAUGGAAUAGUGCCUGCUGCUUUAGUUACUGUGUGUUAUGUUGUACAACUACAUAUUGUAUAGCUACAAACAAUAUGACUACUUACUCCUAUUUGGGACUAGUUUAUUUUCUCUUU